AUGCAGUACACUUCUGUUGCACUGUCAGCGCUGGCCCUUCUUGGUGUCUCCCACGCAGCACCAGCUGUGAAGAGGCAGGCGACUCUUCCUGCACCACCAGCUACCCAGCAGGCGAUCGUCAACCUUGAGAACACGAUUGUCUACCUCACCAAUGACAUCGUGCAGACAAAUCAGGGAAAUGCCGAGAACGACUUCAACACCGCUCAGUCACAAUUCACUGGGAUCGAGACAUCUGUCACGACUGGCAGCUGUCCUCCCCUGAUCUACCAAGGCGAGAUCACCACAGCCGAGGGAGCCAUCACUGCACUCAACACUACCCAGAACAACCUUGCCCAGCUUUCUCUGGACCUCCAGAACACUGCGUCUUCUCAAGAUACCAUCAACAAUGACUACUGCACUGCUUACGGAACAUUCUUCUCCACGAAGAACUACAUCUUCACCAUCCUUGGCACAUCCCAGAACGGCGCCUCGAACAAGGCCGUCGCCGCUUCGGUGAACGCAGAGGGCUACGAUGCCAACAAGCUCGGACAGACCUGGACUGCCACCGAGGUCGCUCUCGAGGCUCUCAUCUCCGCCCUGAACAAUAUCGCAGCUGGCCAGCCAGCAAGCAGUGAGGCCAAGACCGCUUUCACCAACGCUCAAAGCACCAUUGCCACCUUCAGCAAGGCUGCCGAUGCCUCUACCCCACACAGCUGCCCAGCGUCCAGCAUCGCUGGCGCUACCGACCCCCAGAGUGCAAUCAACGAUGUCUACGUCGUUGAGCGUACUGCACAGAGCGCUUACUCCGACACCACCGCCAACAACGGACAGACCAUCCCUGACUUCUGCACCAUUUCCAGCUACAUGUCGGCUGUGAACGCUUACGUCAAGGCUUGA